AUGGCGAAUUCUCAACUGAUUCCUCCAAUGGAUUCUUCGAAUCCUGUGUUUCUUCAUCCCUCUGAUCAUCCAAGGAUGAUUCUUGUCUCCAAACAAUUCGAUGGCAUUGGAUUUGGAUCUUGGAAAAGAGCGAUGUCUAUUGCACUAUCUGCGAAGAACAAAUUCGGAUUUGUUGAUGGAUCUGUCACAAAUUCUACAAACCCUAGCCUGUGGAGUCGAUGUAACGACAUGGUAAUCUCAUGGAUCAUUAACACUUUAUCAAGAGAGAUUGGAGAGAGUGUUUUGUACGUUAAAACAGCUAGUCAAUUGUGGAAAGAAUUGAAUGAUAGGUUUGGGCAGAUUAAUGGUGCAAAAUACUAUCAGUUGCAGAAAAGUAUUUGUGAAAUUUCACAAGGAAGUAGUGACAUUGCUACGUAUUUCACAAAAAUCGAAAGUAUUUGGGAUGAAAUUAGUUCAUUAUCGGAGGUUCCAGCUUGUUCUUGUGGUGCUUAUGUAGUAAUUGCUAAGAAAGAAGAAGAACAAAAGUUGAUUCAAUUUCUUAUGGGCCUAAAUUCCAGUUAUGAUAAUGUCAUUCUAAUGAUGCAGCCUCUCCCUUCAAUAAAAAAGGCUUAUUCUCUUUUAGUUCAAGACGAAACCAAAAGGAGAUUCAUCCUGUUGAUUGGUUUCCCUAAAGACUUCAAGUUUAAUAAACCAAAACAUGUGGCUGCUAAUGCUUAUGCUAAUGAUUCACCUGUUCAUGCUAUGAGUUCUGGUUCUUGUCUUACUCCAGAGCAGUGUCAACAACUAAUUCAAUUCCUUCAUAACACUCAGAUCAAAACCUCUUCUCAAUCUGAUACUUCAAGAUGA